GAUACUAGAAAGUAAUAGUAAUAAUUAAAUUAAAUACUAUUUUAAAAAGUAAGUGAUUUGGAGUAGUGCGCCUUGUAAUUGACGCCAUGUUAGAUUCUCCUAGAAACAGUACACAAAGAUGAAGCUGAAACGUUUUCUUCUUCGUUAUUAUCCCCCAGGCAUAAUAUUGGAGUACGAACAAGGUGGAGCGAUGAAGACAAAAACUAUCAAUCUUUUAGACUUACAACCAGACACAGAUGUUGAUGCUGUUGUGGGGGAAAUUUCCAAGAAAGAGCAACUAAUUACUUCAUCUAGCACAGAACAAGUUCGAAAGCUCAUAAUUCGCUUACAGGAAAAGCUGUCGCAGAGUGACGACCACACUUUUCACUUGUUCAAGGUGUUGCGAGCACACAUCCUGCCACUGACUAAUGUGUCCUUCAACAAAUCAGGAUCAAAUUUUAUAACUGGAAGCUAUGACAGAACAUGCAAAGUCUGGGAUACAGCCUCUGGGGAAGAGCUCCAUACGUUAGAAGGCCACCGCAAUGUUGUAUAUGCUAUUUCCUUCAACAACCCAUUUGGGGAUAAGAUUGCGACGGGAUCUUUUGACAAAACCUGCAAACUGUGGAGCACAGAAACUGGCAAGUGCUUUCACACAUUCCGAGGACACACUGCAGAAAUAGUUUGUGUAAGCUUUAACCCUCAGAGUACUGUAGUUGCUACGGGAAGUAUGGAUACUACAUGUAGACUCUGGGACGUGGAGAAAGGAGUUGAAACCAUCAGCCUUGUGGGUCAUUCUGCAGAAAUUAUCUCCUUGUCGUUCAGUUCUUCAGGGUCAGAAAUCCUCACUGGAUCCUUUGACCAUACAGUUGCACUGUGGGAUGCCAGGACUGGCAAAAAAAUUCACACGUUAAUUGGCCACAAAGCAGAAAUUAGCAGCGCUCAGUUCAACUGGGACUCUUCACUUAUUGCCACUGGAUCUAUGGACAAGACAUGCAAAAUUUGGGACUUUAACACUGGACGCUGCAUUGGAACACUAAGGGGCCAUAAUGAUGAAGUCCUAGAUGUUGCUUUUGACCUACGAGGGCAACACUUGGUCACAGCCUCAGCAGACAGCACUGCUCGCUGCUAUGAUGCCUUGACCCAUGGCCUCAUAUGCAAAUUUGAAGGGCAUGAAGGGGAAGUUUCCAAGAUAACAUUUAACCCCCAAGGCACCACAGUUUUGACAGCCAGUGCAGACAAGACUGCUCGUCUGUGGGACCCAGAAACUGGAGCGUGCAAGCAGGUGCUGGAGGGCCACACCGAUGAAAUUUUCAGCUGUGCAUUUAAUUAUGAAGGAAACACCAUUAUUACAGGGAGCAAAGACAAUACCUGCAGGUUAUGGAGAUGAGACAAUGACAAAGUUAACAUCUGUUCCAUGGGAUGAUGUGGAUGACCCAUUUUGUGUUCAGAAGCCUAACAGUUUUUGGUGCUUUUAUGCUGAACCUGCUACAGUUGUUUGUAGCUUGUAAACAUUGGGUUGUUACAAUCAGCAGUGAUAAGUCAUUUGGUGGAGUUGCAUAGUCAAAAAAAAACAAGAAUGUAUUUUUAUAAACUGUAGUCAGGACAAAUGAAUUUGUCAAGUGUCCAUUUGCAUAGCUGUGUUGAUGAUGAGCUCUUCAGUUUUAAUCAUUUUCAAAAUGCUAUGGUAGUAAUACAUUAAUAAGCAGUGUUCUUAUCCUCCUAUAGCUAUGUGGAACCUCAUGAAGUGAUGUUGUCAAACUGUUGUGGUAGAAUCAGGCUUUCAGAUAUAAAAAUAAAAAAGGACAUGCGAUAUUUUUCAUUUCAAUCCAGAAAAGUCAACAAUUUUGCUUACUUGGCUCCUUCAGCGGACAUGCAUAUCAGGACAUAUCAGGAGUUUUGUGCUGAGCUGUUCCUUAAAAAUGCUGCACCAGACUUUGAAAACAAGACCAGUUGUUUUUGCAAACCAAAAAAAUAUCACACAUCUCACAAAAUUUCUUUAUAAUUUUCUCAAGUGAUCUUUUACUGAACUGACAGCGCUGAGUGCCUAAAAUAUACCAUGGAAAAAUGUAGUUGUGGAAUUAUGUUUACAUCAUUUUUCAGAGAUUAUGGGCAGAUCAUAGUGUGCAUUUAAAUGUUCUUUCUCCAUUACUCUAGUCACAGUCUAGAUAACUGCAUAAAACUGUUGCCAAAAAAUUAUACAAAAAUGAAAUCGAAAGAAAAAGUUGGGUAUUUCUGCAUUGAUUUUGAAGAUUAGCAUGAUUAUAUUUAUUUUAUGGGUUUUAACUUUGAUGUGGUGUUUCAUGUACACAGUCAGAAAUUAGUACCUUUUUUUCACUCUGUGCUGACAACAAUGUUUUGUGGGUUCAUCUUCCAUAAGACAGCACUUCAGAAAGAUAAGACUCAGCAGCUCCUGAACACUGUUAAGAUAUACAGAUUUUUAAAGUGCCUUGCAAAUGAUGUUCCUUGCUUAGAACUUGUAUCAUGUAUCUGAAAAAUAAGGAGCAAAGAUGUUUUCUUCUUGUUCCUAUUCGCCCCCAGUGGAGCAUAGUGCCACAACCAAAUGCUGUGUUAUAGGCAUGGUUAUUUAUGAAAUAUCAGGGUUCUCUAUCAAUACUAUCAAUCACAUAUAAUGUUGACAGUAGUAGUAUUUCCAGCCAUAUCUACUUGCUGUUAUGUGUGACUGUACAUUACUGCUCUGUGUGAUAUUACACCAGUUGUUAUCCUGGAGUUUAAAUAGUGUUAUCAAGUAAUCAUUGCCCUCAGCACUUCUACUUGCCUAUGAUCUGUAAAUAAUGAUAAAUUAUUAACUAUGAAUAAUGUUUUAAAGAACUAAAGUUGAUAAGGAGGUGUGUUUAUCCUAGCACAUUUAAAUGAGAUGCGAAGGAAUCAUUUAAGUAGUUUUGUCAUAUUAACUUGGUUGAAUGUGCUGCUUGUGGGCGUUAAUGCCUUUUUGUUAAGACCUUGUUCCACUUUUACAGCUGAAGUAUGUAAAUUAAGUGUGAAUGAAGAAGCAGUUUUGAUGGAGUUUUUUUGUUGUGCUAGUCUUGCUUAAAAGCAUUUUUCUAGAUAUGCCUCUGUCAAAUUAAGAUCUCCAAGAAAGAAUAGGGUUUAUAUAUAAAAUCUGCUUCUUUAGACAUUGUACUUUUCAUCGUACACAAAUUUCUGUGAUUACAUUUUGUUAGAAACAUUCCAUUUUGUAGUUCGCAUUAUUUGAUAUUUUAAUAUUUUCUGAGACAUUAUGUAUGUCUGAGAUUUUGCAGUUGUAUGUUAAAGGUCGUUGUGAGCAGUUAUGCAUCAAUAAAGUGAUGAUGGCUUAAAAAAA